AUGCCCGUCAGGAUGCUAGUGGCACCACUGCCACUGCAUUUCCUGUUGGGCAGAGAGCAAGUGAAAACAGAAGCUGCAGCGGGCAGCGGCCCAGGCACAGAUAGCUCCCGCACGAUUCACCGGAGCUUCCCCAGGGCCCAGGGCCCGGCUCCCAGGCCUUGCGCGUCCUCAUCCCCAGAGCUGUAAAGGCCGCCGCCGGGACCGGCAGCAACUUGGCCCAGACCGCACUCGGGCACGGGGCGAGAGAGCUCCGCGCCGCGCUUCUCUCGGGCUGCUCAGCGCCCCCUCGGGCUCGGGCUGGGGCUCGGGGGGCGGCGGGCGCGGCGGACGGCGAUGCCGGGACGCGCUCUCCUCCGCGUGGCCCGAGGGGCCCUGGGCGCCUGGCUGCUGGGCGGCCUCUGGGUCUGGGCGCUGGGCGGCCUCUGCGGCCUGGGGGCGGCGGCGCCGGGGCCCGGGGCCGGGGGCUCCCCGGGGGCUCAGCGCCCGUGCCAGGCGCCGCAGCAGUGGGAAGGGCGCCAGGUGCUGUACCGGCAGAGCACCGGGCGCUACAGCCGCGCCCUGCUCUCCUACGACGGACUCAACCAACGCGUGCGGGUGCUGGACGAGAGGAAGGCGCUGAUCCCCUGCAAGAGAUUAUUUGAAUAUAUUUUGCUCUAUAAGGAUGGAGUGAUGUUUCAGAUUGAACAAGCCACCAAGCAGUGCUCCAAGAUCACCCUGACAUACCCCUGGGACCCUCUAGACAUUCCUCAGAACUCCACCUUUGAGGACCAAUACUCCAUUGGGGGACCCCAGGAGCAGAUCACCGUCCAGGAGUGGUCGGACAGAAAGUCAGCCAGAUCGUAUGAAACCUGGAUUGGCAUUUAUACAGUCAAGGAUUGUUAUCCUGUCCAGGAAACCUUCACCAAAAAUUACAGUGUGAUAUUGUCCACACGGUUUUUCGACAUACAGCUGGGCAUUAAAGACCCCUCGGUGUUUACCCCGCCAAGCACGUGCCAGACAGCCCAGCCGGAGAGGAUGAGCGAGGACUGCUCCUGAUAAGCCUGUGAAUGCGGAAGGGACAGCAUCAGACAUCAGAUGCCAGCCACCCCAGCUCGAACAGGAUUUGAGACUUGAGAGAUGAGACUCUUCAUUAGAGAUAAAUAUAAUUCUAGGAAGAUAAACUUCAAUGUGUUUUGUUUUGUUUUUUCUAUGUGUGGCUGUGACUACUUGGGCUAGGUUUACAAAAAGGAAUGGAAUGGAGAGUAUGUGGUAAUAUAUGAAAAGAUGGAUAACAUGGGGACCUCAGAUGUUUCCGAAGCCUGUCUGGGAGCUGCACUUUCUGUGUGCAGGUGUAUGGGAAGUGCGGUGGCAUACACGGGGCGAGGGGAGGGUCAGCAGGGGCGAAUGUGUUAUCGACCUUACUGGGAAUUGCUAGAUGGCUGGCACAUGGUGAUAAAAAGAGCGGAACAACUUUGGUCAGUUUUGGUAUUAAUGUUUAAGCUCGCUACAGACAAUGACCCGCUUAUUGCCUGCGCCAGGGUAGUGACGCUCCCAUGCUCCAUGCCUCCAGCACCUCCUUUUCCCCCACCCUGUGCUCCCCUGGCUGCUGACAGUGUGAUCCCUUAAAAUCCCUUCCGGCCUUAAGAGCUUUAUGGCAUGACCCAAUGGAUGUAAACAUUUGGGGAGGAAAUGAAAGGCUAUAAUGCAAAGUAAUGAUUCCUCUAAAGACAUAUUUUAAACAGGAGGGUUUGGAAAAUCUUAAUGUCUAUUUCUGGGUAAGCAUGAGCCAUAUAUGCUUCCUUUUUUUCUAUGCAAGAGUAUUGAUAUAUGUGCUGAAUCACCACAUACUUGUCAAGAGACCUGUAGAGACAGGUAGCAUCCUAACAAUAGCCCUGAACUGGGAGUCAGGGGACUAUUGUUUCUGAAAUCCAGGACAAGAAUUCCCUUGUACUGGAACUCCUUUGAUUCACUAGACAUACUGUGCUUCCCCUCACCUCUGCAUCCCUGGGGCAGCGUUUCACAACCUCUUUGUCUAUCUGACUUCUGCUCAUCCUUCCCAGGUCAGCUCAUGCAUGGCCUUUGGAGGCUGUUCCCAAGCCUGGAUUGGAUACACCUCGCAGCUUGAACAUGCUAUUCUGACAAUGCUUACUAGGCUGUGUCUAAAUUUCCUGCUUCCUGGAUGCUCUCACUCACUAGCCUGGCUAUGAGCGCCGUGAGUACGGGUACCGUGUUCUGUUUACUUUUAUAUGCCCAGCACCAAGUGCCUGGCACGUGGUCAGUGCCCUAAACAUAUGUAGAGUGGAGAAUGCUAGCCUCUCUGGUCCUUACUUCCUCAUCUGUUAAAUGGGAUUGGGUUUGCUGACCUCUAGGGAGAUAUCUAGUAAUAAAAUUUAUCAUUCUAGAUUCCUUCUACUAUUGUGUUUUAUCUGGCCAUCUAUCCAUCAUCUGUUACCAGGAGAAAUGUGUGAUGCCUAUAUUACGCUGAAAACAAUCUGUAUUACUCACAGCUUAUCUAUAUUGUUUCAAUAAACAAAUUUAAUUGCA